AAUAAAUAAUCUGAUAUGAUUCAAUAUUUUCUAAUAAUAAUACAUUUCUUUAGGAAUGUAUUUGGCCUAAACACAAACUUGCAGAAAGUUCUUGCAGGAAGUCAGACUCAACAGAGUGUCGCUGUUCCAACUCUUGUAAAGGGAAAGAAUAUUCCCGUUUCAUCUUCCGGGAAGGGAGAGAAAGUGGCUGAAGAGCAACAGAAAAAUAUUUUUUCAAGAAUCCUAGUGAGAGGAAAAGGGGUUUCUGAAAAAGCUAAUAAGCAACAACAGGAAGACCCUGUUCCCGCUGAAGUCAACGGAGAAGAAGCUUCUGGAAAGCAACAGAAACUUCCUUCUAAAAGGGCUAAUAAGCGACGACAGAAAGACCCUGUUCCCGCUGAAGCCAACGGAGAAGAAGCUUCUGGAAAGCAACAGAAACUUCCUUCUAAAGGGACUAAUAAGCGACAACAGAAAGACCCUGUUCCCGCUGAAGCUAACGGAGAAGAAGCUUCUGGAAAGCAACAGAAACUUCUUUCUAAAGGGGCUAAUAAGCGACAACAGAAAGACCCUGUUCCCGCUGAAGCCAACGGAGAAGAAGUUUCUGGAAAGCAACAGAAACUUCCUUCUAAAGGGGCUAAUAAGCGACGACAGAAAGACCCUGUUCCCGCUGAAGCCAACGGAGAAGAAGUUUCUGGAAAGGAACAGAAACUUCCUUCUAAAGGGGCUAAUAAGCGACAACAGAAAGACCCUGUUCCCGCUGAAGCCAACGGAGAAGAAGCUUCUGGAAAGCAACAGAAACUUUCUUCUAAAAGGGCUAAUAAGCGACGACAGAAAGACCCUGUUCCCGCUGAAGCCAACGGAGAAGAAGCUUCUGGAAAGCAACAGAAACUUCCUUCUAAAAGGGCUAAUAAGCGACAACAGAAAGACCCUGUUCCAGCUGAAGCCAACAGAAAAGAUGAUUCUGGAAAGCAACAGAAACUUUCUUCUAAAAGGGCUAAUAAGCAACAACAGAAAGACCCUGUUCCAGCUGAAGCCAACAGAAAAGAUGAUUCUGGAAAGCAACAGAAACUUCCUUCAAUAACUCGUGUGCAAGAAAAAAUGGAUUUUGGAGAGCAUACGAGAAUCUCGCAUACAUUCAUUGUCCCGAAGAAAGGGCGCAAAAUGUUCAUCGACAGAUGCAGAUAAAACGUAGAGGA